AAUUUGGAUCAUAAAGCCCUUGCCAGUCUUUUGUGGUCUUGGGACACAGUCUACUUUAUGACAGCCGUCAGAGUGUAUAAAACUGUUCGGGGUUCGUUGGUACCGCUUUAGUUCUAAACUAACCGGAGCAUCGUAGAAUUCGCUUUCGAGAUGCUUUUUAAAACCGUCGGAUUGCUUCUCUUGCUGGCAGGCCAGACCCUGUGCCAAUUUCAAGUUGUUUUACCCCUGCCCCCGGGAGCUUCUACCUUUUUGUCAGCUUUGGGAUUAGGUGGAGGAUCAACCCCUUCCAAUAACAACAACAACAAUAUCAACAACAACAGCAAUUCUAAUAAUAACCAGGCACAACAAGACUACGACGAUUUCAUAAAUGCAUACCUAUACUCACUUUACGGACCUUACGGACCUUACGGACUUUACGGGGCAUUCGGACCUUACGGAGGUUUGGGCCCGAAUAGUGCUGCAGGCUCCAGCACAGCAGCACCCAAUGUUGAAACGACCACCGCUGCAACUCCCACCACUUCCACCGCCAUUCCGACUUCAACCGGAUCGCCAACCACAUCAACGGCGAUCCCUACAUCGACAGGAUCUCCGACGACUUCGACUGCCGUGGCACCUGCAAAUACGGAUUCCACUUCCACCGCAGUAGCAACAGACUCGACAACAGCAGCGACUCCAACCACAUCAACGGCAGUGGCACCUGCAAACACGGACACCACAUCGACUGCCGUUGCUCCGUCAACGACGACCACCUCGACAACCACAACAACAACGACAUCGUCAACAACGGCAGCACCAACAACGUCUACAGCAGUUGCGCCUACGGACACAGACAGUACUUCCACUGCCGUGGCACCAGCCAACACGGAUACUACUUCCACUGCAGUUGCGCAACGACUGCAUUACACCACCCCAGUUCCCUACCACAUUGUGCACCGCCCGCUGGUCAAUCCUUACGAGCUUCACCGCAUCAACUCCAACCCAAUUUAUGUCCAUAGCGCAGCCUCGGCAUCUUCAGAGGGCGAGCUUCAUCCCGUCUAUUUACCCUACAGUAGUAUCUAUCGCAGGGGCCAGCCUUCUCCCUACUUUGCAUACGAGGGAAAGAAGUAGCUUGCGAGUCUAAAAAAACA